GUACAAGCAUAUGGGGCGGAGAGGACGUGUAUGCAUGCGACACCCUGGACACCAUGUAUGUCCGUGAAUGUGCUCGGAGGCAGGGUCACUCACUAGAACUUCUGCGCACCUUGACGUCCGAGAUCCCACCGGGCGAGCACCUAGGACUGUCUCAUCCAGUGUCCCUCAGCAUGUGCAAAGUACUGCUGAAGUUCAUUCAGGUGUACCCAGAGCUGCGAGAUACAUUAUGGACAUUGGAUGAAGAUGGGGAAGUGUCUGGCACAGUGACCCUCAUGUUGGGUUCUCUGAUGAUGCGCGGGGCACUGCAUGGGGCAGGGGCUCUCUCACAGCCCCCUGUACCAAUGGAGGAGGCCCAGCAGCCAAUGGAGCAAGCAGACCAACCCAUGGAACAGUCCAACACACAGCAGGAGCAGCAGCAGGCCUCUCAGCAGAAAUCUGAGGCUGAUCAGCAGCAGGAGUCUGAACCAUGUGAUACAUCUUAGACGGCAGCUGACUUCUGCUUAAAAUGUUGGUGGAAGGCUUUAUAUAAACAACAACUUUGGACUAGUUAUUAUUUAUUCAAGUUUAAAAGUUUAGAAUCAAUGAGUUAAAUGGUAUUUAUGCAUGGUAGGAUUUAAAAGAAUUUGAAAAUUUUAUCAAAGAGUCUUUCAGAAUAAUUCGUAGGGGAAAAAAUAUAUCAGACUUUUUAUAAUGCAUUUGAGUUCUUUAACACAAUAAGUCAUGUGAAUGAAAGAAAUGUAUGCAUUGGCAAUAGAGAGAAAGAGAAAGAAAUUUGUAUGUUAGGGUACACCUUCAUUUCUUGGUAUUUGCAUGGUAAUAGAAUGUAAUAGUAUGCAUGCAUGAGUUUACACAGAUGAUGUGCUGUGGUGUAGAUGUAUAAAUCAUGAGCUGGCCUAUGCAAAAGCUAAGGUAAUUAUUUCAUGGAAAUUCUCCUUUUAUAAAGUUUAGAAGUGGGAGCCAAAGAAAUUGCUUAUAGGAGUGUUGGUCUGGCAAUAGUGUGUGUAUACUUGGUUUGGCCUUUUCUUCUUGUUUCAGCUCAGGCUGUCACCUACACCAUUGCAUUUAUUUUCCUUUGGGAUCUAAUUGUAUUUAUGUGACUUAGGGGUUUGGAUGGUUUAGGGAUGUUCAGCAGUAAUAACUAUCAUGGUUAACUGUAUCACUUAAUUUAUAAAUAUUUUAUUUUUGAAAAGAAGGGUUGGAUUUCACAUCCUCCAAAUAGUGGGGUGAAAUGAAUACUUUGUAUGAGAGAACGAUGUUCCCAGAAGGCUGCUUAGAGUAACUCAGGGUAGAUAUGGCUGAUAUAGGUCAUGGUACAAAUUGCAAAUUGUCUUUUGUUAUCAUUUCUUCUUUAUUUCAGUGUUUCUGUUUUCACCCGUUUUUAUUGUGAACAGGGUGGUCAUUCUGACCAUGGUACAAAUUUGCAAUAAAUUGCUUAUUAUGAACAUUAAUUGCUUUAUACAUUUGCUUUGUUCAUGUUAAUUAUCUUGCUGUUAUUUUUUUAAAACAAAUAAUUCUAAAGUUAAUUGGAAUGACAUCAGCUGGUGAUAAAUGUGUGAUUUUAGGAAAGCUGGGAACAGCAUGGUUGUACUUGAGGGAUAGGUGAUGGGCAUCUUCUUUUAGGUAUUACAAGUCAUAUAUAUUUAUAGGAAGAAUUGCAUGAGUAUUUAUUAGACUAGGCUGUACGGGAGUGUGGUGUCUCCUGAGGGGGCCAUCAUUGGUGUCUGACAAGGGUUUUAGAAAGGUAUUUCAAGGUGACUGUAUGAUAUUUGGGGAUGUUGUAACCAGUGUUAUAUCCAUACAUAGCGGAAAGUCCAAGGAGUAUACAAAUGGUACUCGUGUUAUUUCACAGUCAGAGUGCUAAUGCACCAAAUAUUUUUUCUUUGUGGGAUUACUUGUUAGUGCCUGAUUUAUAAAACACUGAGAUCAUUGUAAUGCAAAAGAAUGAAGGAUGUAUGGACAUUAUGUAGUAGUAGUUUUUUAUAUAGAUAUUUGGUGUCAGUUAUUUAUUAUUAUUUGUUUUUUGUCAAGAAAAACAUAAGGACAAUAAAUAUCAAGGCCAUUAUAUAAUACAGCCAGGGUAAAAAGUGAAUUUUUAAAGUAGGAAAUUUAAAUAUUGAAGAUAUAACAGAGGGUCAUACUACAUGUCCAUAUUCAAAACAGGUUGAAAAUUUCAGUGAAAUAUAGCUUACUGGUUGUGACUACUUUUAAGGAUCAUAAAAAAGGCAUAUAUAGAAAAGCAGAAAAAUAAUUUAUGGGACAUGUAUAGGUGCUAAUUUUCUUUGAAAUGCGGCCUUUAAUCUAGGUGCUGAAAUCUUAAUGAAUAAAUAUAUUUCAAUGAGCUUGUGUCCUUCUGCCAUGUGUCAGUCUGAUAAAUCUGCAUUUGUCUGCGUUCUUUUAUUUUGUUGAGCUUAAUUGUUUAUUUUUAUUCAAUUAUUUUUUGUUGUUGGUGAGGGUAUGCCUAACCCCAUGCUUAAAAUUUUCUUAACCUUUAGGCUAAAUUUUUAUAAAAAUGAAUUUCUGAUCCAUUUUUCUUAAUAGAUCAAGAAAAAACUAUUUGAAUAUAUACUUAUGCAGAUUUAUUGAGAUGUACAACACAGAAGACUAGUUAGCAUUUUUGUGAAGUGCUCAAACACUCGUGUUCAUGUAGGUGUGAACCGAGUUAGCAGCACAGUAGAUUGUUGAAGAAAAGCUCCUGUAGUUUGGGCAUGAUGUAGACUGGGUAGAUGCAGUUUAUAUAUUGGGUUUAUAUGUGUGAUUUAGAUUUGUAGUUAUUGUAGUACCAUUCACUUCAUUGUGAUAAUGGAAAAAAGAAAAAAAACAUUAAUUUAUUCAGAUGAAAGCAACAUACUGUAUACUUUUGUUUCAACUGGUCAAUAUAUUGUUUUAGAUAUGAAUAUUUCAUAAUGGUGUAAUGGUAGAAUUCAGACCAUAUUGUGAAAUGCUUGGGAGCUGUAUCAGUUCUUGGAUUAAGGAGUCAUGAAAUAUUUGGAAGGUUUGACUGUUAUAUGAUUAUUGUCUUCCAUAAUUGGCUUUUAUUUGGCUCUUGCAUGUUAGUAUGUAAUGGCGAAUUCUACUAUGUUAUCCCAUUUAGAGUAUAGAUUUUUAGAGGUUUAUAUUAUUUAUAGUAAUUAUGAAAGCAAAGCAUGUUUUGUUAUUGCAUGACUAAACAAACAAGCUGUCUGAAGAGGAAAAAAAUGAUUUAUUUUAUAGUAGUGUUGAAAAUCAUCAGGCCCAUUUGCUGUUACAUUUAAAAGUCAUAGGAGCAGAUAUGUGUAAAUUUGGUUUUAAGUAAAUCAUUGGAAGAACAAAGAAGCCUCACAGUGUCAGGUCAAAUGUUAACAAGAAAUCAGUAACUCAUAAAAUGUAAGUUUGAGUACUGUGAAACAAAAACAAAAAAAUCAAAUAUUAGAAAAUACUAACUGUCAUGGUUCCCAUUUUAUAUAUUUCUGUAUCAGCAUCAGUAUUCAUAAAAAAGGUCACUGGAAUCUUUAAUAGAGAAUAUAAGAAUAAUAACUAAAAGAAUAGAGGAAAUAAUUAUAUUUACUUGGGACAGCGUAUGUGGUCUCAUUACCAUCCAGUUUGCCUGUAUUGUGAUACCAAAACUUCAGGCAGUGUUUGGUUGAAUGAAAA